AUGAACUUCCUUUCUUGCUUUAUUGCCCCGCCGGUCAGCCAUCUACCACCGUGGCACCGCCGUGUCAAAGCCUGCCACGCCCAAAACCCAUUGCCGCCCCUGGAAUCUCCAUCCGUCGGGCCGGGCCAAUCCAAAUCCUUGAUUCUUAAGCAUCAGCGAUUGCGAGUAUCAAACAGGUUGCAGACUGCUGAAGAUAUGCUGAAGAGAGCAAAGCUUGGGCAUUGUAUUUUUAAGAAGCUUCACCCGUUCCCCAAUGCUCUUGCUGUUUCAUCUAAUGCAUACGGGAGUAGAGUGAGUUUUGUCCACAACAGUGCUAAUAGUAGUCAUGAGGCAAAAUCUGAAACCGAAUGGGAGCGUUUACUUAAACCCUUUGACCUUGAGGAGCUUCGUAGAUCGUUCAAUAAAAUUACUCCAUUCCAGCUGAAUAAAUUGCUUCAGCUUCCACUAGAUGUGCACACGUUAAUGGAUUUGUUUCAGUGGGCAGGUAGCCAGAAGGGCUAUCGUCAUACUUUUGACGUCUACUAUAAUCUCAUAGACAAAUUUGGGUCCGUGAAGGAAUUCAAAGUCAUUGAUACAUUGCUUUUGCAGAUGAAAGCCGAAGGAAUUGGCAUAUCGCCUACCGUUUUCACUUUUGCGAGAGUAAUGAAAGCUCUUUGUACUGUGAACGAAGUCGAUUCCGCUUGUUCUCUUCUUAGGGACAUGACUAAGCACGGGUGUGUGCCGAACUCAAUAGUGUACCAAACGCUCAUACACGCACUGUCUAUGGCUUCGCGAGUGAAUGAUGCCUUGAAGCUAUUGGAGGAGAUGUUUCUCAUGGGUUGUACGCCUGACGUGAACACUUUCAAUGACGUUAUAAUUGGGCUCUGCCGUGUUGACCGCAUUCAGGAGGCCACCAAGCUAGUUGACCGGAUGCUUGUCAGAGGUUUUGCCCCCGAUGAUAUAACUUACGGGGUUCUAUUGGGGGGUUUGUGCAGGAUGGGUCAGUUGGAUGAAGCAAGAUUGCUGCUGAAGAAAGUGCCAAACCCUAAUGCUGUCCUUUUCAAUACUUUGAUCAACGGGUACGUGUCAAACGGCCGAUUUGAAGAAGCAAAGGUUUUAUUUGACGAGAGUGUUGCUUGUGGCGGUUUCAAACCAGAUAUAUAUAGCUAUAACAUUCUCAUUCAUGGACUCUGCAAGAAGGGGCUGCUAUCCUCUGCUCGUCGAGUGGCAGACGAGAUAUUGCUUAAGGAUUGCAAGCCGAAUGUCGUAACUUACACCAUUUUAAUCGACGGUUUCUGUAAGAAAGGCCGGAUUGGGGAAGCUAGAGACAUUAUACAUGAGAUGUCGAGUAAAGGUCUGUGCCUGAAUACAGUGGGGUACAACUGCCUAAUUUCGGCUUUAUGCAGGGAUGGUCAAGUGGAUGAGGCUCUGGAGCUUUUCGGAAACAUGCCCGACAAAGGAUGUAAACCCGACAUUUUCACCUUCAAUUCCUUGAUUCAUGGGCUGACCAAAACCGACAAGAUGGACGAGGCUUUACAGAUGUAUCGGGAUAUGUUUUUAGACGGUGUCAUUGCUAAUACAGUGACUUACAACACGUUAAUCCAUGCUUUCCUCAGAAAACGGGGGACCCACGAAGCGUUUAAGCUCGUGAAUGAUAUGUUGUUCCGGGGCUGCCAUCUGGACGAGUUCACUUACACUGGCCUUAUAAAAGCUCUUUGCAAGGAUGGAGAGGUGGAGAAAGCUUUGGGACUGUUUGAGGAAAUGUUUAGUAAAGGGAUGAAUGCUAAUAACCUAUCUUGCAAUAUACUGAUCAGUAGUUUGUGUAGAGUUGGUAAGAUACAGACUGCACUGGAGUUUUUGAGGGAGAUGCAUCAUAACUGGUCUGUGCAAGAUGCAGAGAGUGCAGGAAGCAUAUAG